GCAAAGAAGCCUUAUCACACAGAUGUCCUUGGAGGUAAUAUGGAUCAGUCCGGAGUUCUCCUCUGGGUGAAAGCAGAACCCUUUAUGGUGGGUGCCUUGCAGGUACCCCCUCCGUCCAAGUUCAGCCUUCAUUAUCUCAGGAAGAUAUCUACCUAUGUGCGAACCCGGGCCACAGAGAGAGCUUACCCGCGUCUCUACUGGUCUGCAUGGAGGCACAUUGCAUGUGGGAAGCUGCAGUUGGCGAAGGACCUGGCAUGGCUCUACUUUGAAGUGUUUGAUAGUCUUGUAGAGAAGACACCAGAGGAGCGUCUGGAGUGGUCUGAGAUUAUCUCCAGCUGCAUGUCUGAGGAUGAAAUUGAAAAGCAGAGAAAUCAGCUUUCUGUGGACACCCUUCAGUUCCUGCUCUUUUUAUACAUACAACAGUUAAACAAGGUCUCCCUGAGGACAUCGUUGAUUGGAGAGGAGUGGCCUAGUCCCAGGAACAGAUCUCAGUCUCCUGACAUAACUGACAAAUCCAGUUGUCAUAAUAAGAACUGGAAUGAUUACAGUCACCAGGCUUUUGUUUGUGAUCACCUGUCCAAUCUCCUUGAACUGCUUCUAGAGCCAGAGCAGCUCUCUGCCUCCCUUCAUUCGACCCACACUAGUCUAGUCUCUCGUGAAGCCGUGGUGGCGCUCAGCUUUCUCAUUGAAGGCACAGUGAGCAGAGCCAGGAAGAUCUAUCCAUUUCAUGAACUUGCACUGUGGCAGCCGCUGCAUGCAGAAAGUGGCUUCUCAAAGAUCUCUAAGACCUUCUCCUUCUGCAAGCUGGAGGCCUGGCUGAGAGCCUGUUUAACGGGGAACCCAUUUGGUACAUCUGCAUGUCUCAAGUCUGGAAAGAAAUUGGCUUGGGCUCACCAAGUUGAAGGGACUACCAAGAGAGCUAAGAUUGCUUGUAAUACUCACGUGGCCCCCCGGAUGCACCGCAUGGUGGUGAUGAGCCAGGUUUACAAGCAGACGUUAGCCAAGAGCUCAGAGACUCUGGUGGGGGCACAUGUGAAGAUUCAUCGGUGCAAUGAAUCUUUUAUCUACCUGCUCUCUCCCUUACGGUCUGUGACCAUUGAGAAGUGCAGGAACAGUACCUUUGUCUUGGGCCCUGUACAGACUGCUCUUCACCUCCAUAGCUGUGACAGUGUUAAAGUCAUUGCCGUCUGCCGUCGUUUGUCCAUCUCUUCCACCAUAGGUUGCAUCUUCCACAUUCUGACACCUACACGCCCACUUAUUCUCUCUGGAAACCAGUCCGUCACUUUUGGCCCUUUUCAUACUCAUUAUCCAAUGCUGGAGGACCAUAUGGCCCGGACCGGCCUGGCUACAGUGCCUAACUACUGGGAUAACCCAGUGAUUAUGUGCAGGGAGAGCAGUGACACGAGCGUCUUCCGGCUCUUACCGCCUUGUGAAUUCUAUGUAUUUAUUACCCCAUUUGAAAUGGAGGGGGACACAACAGAGAUACCUGGAGGUCUUCCAUCAGCUUACCAGAAAGCACUGGGCCAGAGAGAACAGAAGAUACAGAUCUGGCAGAAAACUGUGAAGGAGGCACGUUUGACAAAGGAUCAAAGGAAACAGUUCCAGGUCCUCGUGGAGAGCAAGUUUUAUGAAUGGCUGAUCAAUACAGGGCAUCGCCAGCAGCUGGACAGCCUUGUCCCUCCUGCAGCAGGCUCCAAACAAGCCGCAGGCUAGGCCUCUUCUAU